AUGCCCCUCGCAAAUGAUCGUCGAGCCUUCAAAUAUGUCAUCCUAUAUGGCUAUGACGAUAACUUCAACCAGGGAUUCAGCGAGGAUCAGUUCUGGUCGUUCAUGCGAGAGCAAAAGCUAGCUGAAGGAGGCUUCUCGGCAGGCACCGCGAGAGCGAUGUUUAAAGACUGGUCGGAUAAUCAUACGGAGGUUUAUGAAAUGAGCCCGUCAGAAGUUGAGAGCGCAAAGCCGCCCGAGUACCAGAUCUCCCAGGAGUCUAGCUGGAAAUAG